GCCUUUCCGACUCGGUCCCCUCUCUCUCUUCCCCCUUCCUCCUCCUUUCUCUCUCUUCCCCAUUCUUCGUCUCCCUACUCUCCUCUGUCUCUCCCGUCUUUUGCCUGCCUUUGGGAACCCUAAGGAGGUCUUCAAGCGCAUCGACUUCGCUUCUUGCGGCCGUUCUGGGAGGCAUAGCAGGGGACGAUCGCUUCUCCAUCGUCAUCUACGAUCCUUGCGAUCUAUGCGCUGCAUCUGAUGCAAGGUCAAACAUUGGAUGACCAGAACAGUGGUUUCUUCCUUUUCUUACAUUCAGCCUGUGCCUUGUGGAAGAAAAUUUUUCACUGAUUGAUAAAGUAUUUUUAAAACAUGCCUUCUCUGCAGUUAUUGCCAUUAACUGAGCAUGGGCGCAGCAUUCUGGCUUCUAGGAGGAGAACACUUGCUCUGGUCUCGGGUGUUCUAGUGGCUGGUGGAACUGUUGCAUAUAUGCAAUCACGAUGGCAUAGCAGAUCUGGCAGACCAGGAUCUUCUGCUAAACUCUCUACGCUUGGUGAAAAUAAGGAGAGCUCGAGUCAGAAUGGUGUAGAUGAUAAUUCAAUUAGGACAGCAAGGCGAAAAAAGAGGGGAUUGAGAUCCCUACAUGUUCUAGCUUCAAUCUUGCUCUCACAGAUGGGCCCAAUGGGCAUGCGCAAUCUUAUGGCCUUAGUGGCCACAGCUGCAUUGAGAACUGCCUUGAGCAAUCGAUUGGCAAAAGUUCAAGGAUUCUUGUUUCGAGCUGCUUUUCUUCGGCGUGUACCAACCUUUUUGCGCCUGAUUGCUGAAAAUAUUCUUUUAUGUUUUCUCCAGUCAUCCUUGUUUUCUACUUCAAAGUACUUGACAGGGUCCCUAAGUUUGCGGUUCAGGAAAAUAUUAACAGAGCUCAUACAUGCUGAUUAUUUCGAGAAUAUGGUAUACUACAAAAUCUCACAUGUUGAUGACCAAGUCACCAAUCCAGAGCAACGAAUUGCCAGUGAUAUACCAAAAUUCUCUUCAGAACUGAGUGACCUCAUACAAGAUGAUCUCACAGCAGUUACUGAUGCCCUGAUAUAUACGUGGCGCCUCUGUUCCUAUGCAAGUCCAAAAUAUGUGCUCUGGAUACUGGCAUAUGUAUUAGGGGCGGGAUCUAUGAUAAGAAACUUCUCACCUGCUUUUGGGAAACUGAUGUCCAAGGAGCAGCAAUUGGAAGGGGAUUAUCGGCAGCUUCACUCACGGUUAAGGACCCAUGCUGAAAGUGUCGCAUUUUACGAGGGAGAGAAUAGAGAAGCAUUUCAUAUCAAACAACAAUUCAAGAUUCUCAUUAAGCACUUGAAUCUUGUUCUUCAUGACAAUUGGUGGUUUGGAAUGAUUCAAGAUUUUCUCGUAAAAUAUCUUGGUGCUACAGUAGCAGUUGUCCUGAUUAUUGAGCCCUUUUUUGCUGGCAAUCUUAGACCUGAUGCUUCAACGUUAGGAAGAGCAGAAAUGUUGAGCAAUCUUCGUUAUCAUACAAGCGUGAUAAUUUCACUAUUUCAAUCCCUUGGGACUCUCUCUAUAAGUUCUCGGCGGUUGAAUCGUCUCAGUGGUUAUGCAGAUCGCAUUCAUGAGCUGAUGGCUGUCUCUAGGGAGCUAUCUGCCAUUCAGGACAGAUCAUUAAUGCGAAAUGGCUCAAGUGGGAAUUAUAUCAGUGAAGCGAGUUACAUAGAGUUCUCAGACGUCAAGGUUGUGACACCAAAAGGAAAUGUAUUGGUGGAUAAUCUGAGUCUUAGGGUUGACUCAGGCUCUAAUCUUCUGAUCACAGGUCCAAACGGAAGUGGAAAAAGCUCCCUUUUCCGGGUUCUUGGAGGCCUCUGGCCACUGGUAUCUGGUCACAUUGUAAAACCUGGGAUUGGUUCUGAUCUCAAUAAGGAGAUAUUCUAUGUGCCGCAACGACCUUAUACAGCUGUCGGAACACUUCGUGACCAAUUAAUCUAUCCUCUUACAGCAGAUCAGGAGACUGAACCACUUACACAUGAUGGAAUGGUUGAGCUGUUGAAAAAUGUUGACCUUGAAUACUUGCUGGAACGCUAUCCACUUGACAAGGAAAUUAACUGGGGUGAUGAACUAUCCCUGGGUGAGCAACAGAGACUGGGAAUGGCCAGGUUGUUCUACCAUAAGCCUAAGUUUGCCAUUCUCGAUGAAUGUACAAGUGCUGUCACAACCGAUAUGGAGGAACGUUUCUGUGCUAGGGUACGAGCAAUGGGGACAUCAUGUAUUACUAUUUCCCACCGCCCUGCACUGGUUGCAUUUCAUGACAUAGUGUUGUCCUUGGAUGGGGAGGGAGGGUGGAGUGUUCAGUAUAAGAGGGAUGGUCCAUCAUUUUCUAAUGAAGCAGGUCCUAAUCUGUUAAAAUCUUCUGAAUCUUCUCGACAAAGUGAUUCACUGGCUGUUCAAAGAGCUUUUACUACCAGCAGAAAGGAUAAUGCAUCACCAAAACCCAGGGGGCAUUCUUAUUCAACAAAGGUGAUAACAUCAUCUCCUAAAAUAGAAUACAAGGUUCCGUUGCCUAUUGUUCCACAAUUACAAAAGACUCCAAGAAUAUUGCCACUUAGAGUAGCUGCAAUGUUUAAAAUACUGGUUCCCACACUACUUGAUCGGCAGGGUGCACAGUUGUUUGCAGUUGCUUUACUUGUUGCAUCUAGAACAUGGAUUUCAGAUCGCAUUGCUACCUUGAAUGGGACUAGUGUGAAGUAUGUCUUGGAGCAGGACAAGGCGGCCUUUAUUCGAUUAACUGGUAUUAGUGUUCUUCAAAGUGCUGCAUCCUCUAUUGUUGCACCUUCACUAAGGUAUCUCACAGCCAAGCUUGCUCUUGGAUGGCGAAUUCGUUUGACUCAGCAUUUACUUAAAUAUUAUUUGAGAAGAAAUGCUUUUUACAAGGUGUUUCACAUGGCAGGUAAAAAUAUUGAUGCAGACCAGCGACUAACCCAUGAUGUGGAAAAGUUGACCAGUGAUCUUGCAGGAUUGGUCACUGGAAUGGUAAAACCUUCUGUAGACAUUCUCUGGUUCACUUGGAGAAUGAAACUCCUAACUGGACAAAGAGGAGUUGCUAUACUGUACACUUACAUGUUACUAGGCUUGGGCUUCUUGAGAAGUGUCACCCCUGAUUUUGGUGAGCUGGCAAGUAGGGAACAACAGCUUGAGGGAACAUUUAGGUUUAUGCAUGCAAGACUCCGUACGCAUGCUGAGUCUGUUGCUUUCUUUGGCGGUGGUUCUCGGGAAAGAACUAUGGUUGAUUCAAGGUUUAGGGACUUGCUUCAUCACUCAAAGAUCCUAUUGAGAAAAAAAUGGCUGUACGGUAUAAUAGAUGACUUCGUCACGAAACAACUUCCGCACAAUGUGACCUGGGGACUUAGUUUGUUAUAUGCUAUGGAGCACAAAGGAGAUCGUGCUUUGACUUUUACACAAGGGGAGCUGGCACAUGCAUUGCGCUUCUUAGCAUCCGUAGUGUCACAAAGCUUUCUGGCAUUUGGGGACAUUCUUGAGUUGCAUAAGAAGUUCCUUGAACUUUCUGGUGGUAUAAAUCGGAUCUUUGAGCUGGAGGAGCUUCUUGAUGCUUCCCAGAGUGAUAUUACUCUACCUGAUGCUUCAAUGUCCUUUGAAGCAAGUGACUCACCUGCUCAAGAUAUUAUUUCUUUCUCUAAGGUGGAUAUUAUUACCCCUUCACAGAAGCUGUUGGCUAGGCAUCUAACAUUUGAUAUCGAACAGGGGAAAAGCCUGCUUGUUACUGGACCUAAUGGGAGUGGGAAGAGUUCUGUAUUCAGAGUCCUUCGAGGUUUGUGGCCUACGGUGAGUGGAAGGCUUGUCAAGCCCUGCCAAGGCAUGUUCUAUGUUCCCCAGCGACCGUAUACAAGUCUGGGGACCCUGAGGGAUCAAAUCAUAUACCCUCUCUCACGUGAGGAAGCAGAGAUGACGAUGCUUGCGAUGUUCCAUGCAGGUGACAAACCUGAUGCUUCUGAUCUUCUGGAUGCUCACCUGAAGACUAUUCUUGAGAAUGUUCGAUUAGUGUACCUUCUUGAAAGGGAAGGUUGGGAUGCUACUUCUAACUGGGAAGAUGUUCUAUCGCUAGGUGAACAACAGAGGCUGGGCAUGGCACGGUUGUUUUUCCAUCAUCCUAAAUUUGGUAUCCUUGACGAGUGCACCAAUGCCACCAGUGUAGAUGUUGAAGAACACCUAUACAGACUGGCAAAUGAAAUGGGCAUAACAGUUAUUACAUCUUCGCAGCGUCCUGCCCUCAUACCAUUCCAUUCCAUGGAGCUGAAACUUGUCGAUGGUGAAGGCAAGUGGGAGUUAUGCGAGAUCAACCAGUGAUGUCGACAUAUUCUGAUGGGAUUUGUUAGUAUUUGGGCAAUUUAUGCCUAUGAGAGCAAUCGAUAUUGCUACUAAAUGCCAAAGCCAACAGCACCAUAGCAGCUAAAGGCUUAAAAAGAAAUGUGCCAACACAGGCGGUCAGUUGUAUAAAUUAAUGCAGAUUCUACGGUGAGAGGGGACUUCUGCUCAAAUUGGAUCUUUUUCCUAGUGCCAAAGUUUUAUUCUUUUUUGGCAAGAUUUUGAGCCAGAAGAAGGGCAGAGACUUGUUAUAUGGUAUAGAUCGAUACACCGGGGAGGGUGCGGUGUUGUUUGUUCACAAUAAGCAUGCUAGUAGAAUGGUAUACCGAGGAAGUUGAUUGUACAGUCCAAUCCAUUAAUUUCAUACAGCAUCAUAGAAGAAGAAAUUGACAUGACAUGUUAUUUAAAAUCAAUUGAAAGAUCUGUCAAUAUUUGCUUUGCCAGAUUCUGAAGUUCAUGCCGUGGAAAACUGAGGUGCAUGAAGACUUUGUUAUGACAGGCCUCAACACUUUAAUAACCAUGUCGAUAUUGGACUUGAAUUA